UCGCCCGAUUCGCAUCCAGUAGCCCAAUUGACAUGUGGGACAUUUCGGACAUUUGGGAUUCGACUCUCCUCAACUGUCGAAUUCAAUAAUAUCCAUGAGACCCAAUUUGUUGAGCCAUCGGACUCCGAAACCCCCAAACCAAGCCCCCAAAUCUCCUCUGACUGGGCGAUUGCCAUAUUAUCGAGUCGCCCGAGGUUGGAUACUCUCUAGGAUCUCCCGGACAUCAGCACGGUCUUUCUCAUAUUGAAAACCCUUCGGCCAAUCCCGAGGCAAAGUGGUGGAGAGGCGGAUUCGCCAUGGCUGUCCUUCAAAUGACAUCGGCGACUACCGAUGUAGGCCUGGCGUCAUUUGCUGGAGUCCUUGCUGUAGUAGGGGCAGCACUAUGGAUGGUCUGGAAAGUCAUCUACAACCUCUAUAUCCACCCUCUGGCUCGCUUCCCGGGCCCCUUCCUUGCAAGAGUCUCCCCGUUCCCCAAUGUACUCGCACUUCUCCGUGGCCGCAUUCCAUUCUGGAUCAAGGCGUGCCAUGACAAGUACGGCCCCAUCGUCCGAGUCUCUCCCAACGAGCUCUCUUUCGACAAUGAAGCUGCCUGGAAGGACAUCUAUGGCAGCCGGCCUGGCCACAAAAACUUCCACAAGGACCCCAUCCAUGUCGGGAGCAUCCAGUCCGUCCCAGGAGUCUCGACCAUCACGAUGGCCAACGACGCGGACCAUGCUCGGCAACGAAGAGCCUUGUCUCAUGCAUUCUCCACCAAGGCUCUUCUCGAGCAGGAGUACAUUGUCAAGUCGUACAUCAAUGUCUUCUCAGACAAGAUGCGGGGGUUUGCCAGGACUGGAACCCCUGUCAACUUGGCUGACUGGUUCGCUUACACGACUUUCGAUAUCAUCGGCGACAUGGCGCUCGGCGAGCCCUUCGGCUGCUUAACCAACGAGGAUUUCCGAUUCUGGGUUCCCCUCAUCAGUGCUUCCAUCAAGGCCGGUGCUUUCGAGCAGGCUACCCGCAGAAUUGCGCAAGCCAAUGGCACCAUGCAGAAGCUGCUGUUGAAGCUAAUCCCCGACCGCAUUCGCAAGACGCGAAUCCAGCACCUCGAGUACAGUAGGGAGAAGAUGUUGAAGCGCAUGUCCCAAUCUUCCUCAGACCAUAAGGACUUUCUCUACUACCUCCUGAAGCAAUCUGACAGCGGUGCCAUCAACAAGGACGAGGUCAUCGUCAACGGUGCUCUCUUCAUUAUUGCUGGAACCGAGACGACAGCAGGCUUCCUCGCCGGUCUUUUCAACCACCUUCUCCGCAAUCCACGUGUCUUGCACAAGCUAACCGAGGAGAUCCGGUCCAACUUCAAGUCCGACGCAGAUCUCAACUUUGAGGAUCUGGUGAAGCUGCCCUACUUGACGGCGGUGAUUGAUGAAGGUCUCCGCAUCUUCCCCAGCGCGCCGAUUGGGUUCGUGCGAACUGUGCCCCAAGGCGGCGACACCGUUGACGGAGAGUUUAUUCCCGGAGGAACCACCGUGUCGGUCCCCAUGUGGGGCGCAACACACAGCGAGAGGAACUUCAAGGACCCUUACAAGUUCCUUCCGGAGAGGUGGCUUAACAAGGAGGGCAGCACAGACAAGUUUGGUGCCUCAAAUGCUUUUUCUCUUGGCCCCCGGGGCUGUAUCGGCCGCAAUUUGUCUUACAUGGAGAUGCGCCUGAUCAUUGGAAAGCUGCUCUGGCACAACGAUAUUGCCUUCCAUGGUAACCACGAUGCAUGGGACCCGGAGAAGGAUUACCCUGGCUUGACUGUCUACAACAACUGGAUGAAGCCUGGUCUGUACGCCAAGCUUACCCCGCGGAAGGAUUAAAGGAACAGCAACCCAGGGGGGAACAUUGGUUGACGUGGGAAUUGGGGAAAAAAAGAAGUUGAUGCAUCGAGAAACGUAAAGCUUAACGUUACCCGCCUUGUCGGGGUAGCAUCUCCACCCCCGCAUUCUUUGCUUAAAUCGUCCUCCCAGAUUUGCUCGGGUUCAAUGAUACUACUGUUCAAGUAGUUAGGCAUCGUUCAUUUAUUCUCUUCCCGGUGCUCCCUCAAAGGUUUGCCUGUUGCAGUCGCGUGAGCCGCCGCCGUGAUGCACGAGUUCGAGACAGGUGGAACUUGCCAUCUUCUAGAUUGCGAGAUCUAUCUUGAGGCCAUCGCAUCCCAACCGAUCCCAUUGUGGCACGACGAGUGUUCAAAGAGUGCCAUCAACAAAUAGAAGGCCGCCGCUUGUCGUCUGGUAGGCAAAUAAUUACGCCAACAAUACCUGGAGCGACCGGGC